UGUAAGCUGCAGCAGCAUGGAGUGAGAGAAACAGGACGGCGAGCGAUUGCAAUGCAGCACUAUACCGAGCUUCCAUCCAACUUAAAUAAGCUCUCCAAUUCUCCUUUCUAAAAAUAACCAUGUACUCCCCGUACUGCUUGACACAGUAUUACCCUACUCACCUUCUAAACAAUGCCUUAGUGGAUGAAUUUCAUCCCUUCAUUGAGGCCCUCCUCCCCCAUGUCCGUGCCUUCUCCUACACCUGGUUCAACCUGCAGGCCCGUAAGCGCAAGUACUUCAAGAAGCACGAAAAGAGGAUGACCAAGGACGAAGAACGCGCGGUGAAGGACGAGCUGCUGGGGGAAAAGCCAGAGAUCAAGCAGAAGUGGGCCUCGCGCCUGCUGGCCAAGCUCCGCAAGGACAUCCGGCCCGAGUUCCGCGAGGACUUUGUGCUCACCAUCACGGGGAAGAAGGCCCCCUGCUGCGUGCUGUCCAACCCCGACCAGAAGGGCAAGAUCCGCCGCAUCGACUGCCUCCGCCAGGCCGACAAGGUGUGGCGGCUGGACCUGGUGAUGGUUAUCCUGUUCAAGGGCAGCCCCCUGGAGAGCACGGACGGAGAGCGGCUGGUCAAGUCGCCCCAGUGCUCCAACCACGGCCUGUGUGUCCAGCCGCACCACAUUGGAGUGACGGUCAAGGAGCUGGACCUCUACCUGGCCUACUUCGUCCACACACCAGAACAAUCAGGACAAUCAGACAACUCAAACCAGCAAGGAGACACAGACGUCAAGCCCCCACCAAACGGCCACUUGAGUUUCCAGGACUGCUUUGUGACUUCAGGGGUGUGGAACGUGGCUGAGCUGGUCCGCGUGUCACAGACCCCGGUGGCUACAGCGACCGGCCCCAACUUCUCCCUGGCUGACCUAGACAGCCCCGGCUACUAUAACAUCAACCAGGUGACCCUGGGACGGCGCUCCAUCACCUCCACCCCCUCCACCAGCUCCAACAAGCGCAAGUCCAUUGACGACAGUGAGAUGGAGAGCCCGGUGGACGAUGUCUUCUACUCAGGCCGUUCCCCGGCGGCUGGCAGCAGCUCUCAGUCCAGCGGUUGGCCUAAUGAUGUGGAUGCAGUGCAGCACCAUUUGGCCAGUGUGCAGGAGAGGAAGAUUAAGCAUGAGAGCGAUGGAGUGCAGUUUCCUUACCAUGGACUCUCAUCGCCUAGUUCUCUUAAGAAGCCGGGGAAAUUCGAUUUCAGCGCCCUGUCCUCCCAGACGAGGUCCCCCCGCAUGGCGUUCACCCACCACCCACUGCCAAUGCUGGCGGGAGUGAGACCAGGGAGUCCCCGUGCUUCAGCCUCGGCCCUGCACUUCCCGUCUCCCUCCAUCAUCCAGCAGUCUAGCCCCUACUUCACCCACCCAACCAUCCGCUACCACCACCACCCUGGACAGGACCCCCUGAAGGAAUUUGUGCAGUUUGUCUGUGCCGAUGGCUCGGGGCAGGCCGCCGGACAGCAUACUCCACGCCAGGCACCACAGCUCCCAACAGGUUUGUCGGCAUCGGAUCACGGGACAACAACUUUCUGAACAUCCCGCAGCAGACACAGUCUUGGUUCCUCUGACAAGAUCUGUGCACAAACCAGCAACUAGAGUUCUUUCUUUACAAUCGGAAAUAGAAAAACAGAGAAACAACCCGCAGGACAAUAACUGUCCUCCAACCAACCCACCGACCGGCCCUGACAGUACGUCCCACCUGAUACAAAAUAAAACCAAGCAACGCAGGAAAUUACAGCAGCACUAUGCUUUUAGAGGAACUCUGGACUCAUUUACCCAGUCAGAGGGAGGACCCGUUUCGAGCAAAGAUGGAUAGAUGGAAAGAUGAAUGGAUGGACAAGAGGAUGCCAGGAUAAAGAAGGGGCAAUGGGGACAAACGGCAGCGAGCAGGCAUCUCUCCCGAAACCACCGAACCAGCACAACACAGCGGCGAGGCAAGAGGAACCUGAGGAUGAAGAAGCGGUCAGCUUCUCCUACUUUGUGAGGACGCAUUGCGUCAUGAAUGGCUAAGAAAAUCAACUGCCCAACCAAAUCAGGUGUCCACAACACAGGUUUAACACUUGAGCUACAAAGCUUCACCCACAAUGAAUCCACAGCCUGGUCCAAGCAAAGACACUCUUUGAUUUCCAAUGAAAGCUGCAGUCCAUGCUCCUGUGAUGUCUGCCAUCACCCCAAACAGAAUCAAAUUGACCAACGUUUCUCUUGCUCUGAAUGACCAUUGACUCCACAACACCCGUUUUUACCCUACUACUAACUAGAGAGAGACCAUGCCAAAACAUAUCUUGAUUAAGGGUUGCACUAGAAGCUGAAUCAAUUAACACUAAUCUUAACGAUGUGCACUAUUUACCUACAAGGCAUGGGAGGUAAACCAGACUUGCCUAUUAAGAGUUUUAAAGAGGAAAAAACAAGGUACAAGAAGCCUUCGCGUGUCCUCGACUCCCAUCGUUCAGUUUGACAAAUCAUUGGCCUCCGCUCAUUCUCACGUCUCCCCGCACGACACGCAAUCUGUGCCAUGACCACAGCAUGUAUGUACAACUGAAAACACACACACACACACACACACACACGGUUGCCCAGUCAGACCUUUUAGAUUGUAGUGUUCAUCGGUGGUGGUGUUGUGUGAUCAUAUUUUCAUUUCAUAUGCAGUAAGCCCAGAGAACCUAUGCGAUUAGAUAUCUUAACAUCACACACACACACACACUGAAAAUCACAGUGUGAGUACAUCAUCACUGACAGUUUUCACGACUAUAGACAGCAGCUAUCGGUUCCCCCUUUGCCCUCUUGUAAUUUAGAUGAAUGAUUUUGUUAUCUCUUGUGUGUUCUCUUAUUUGAAUUUAUUCCUUUUGGAUUUGUACUAUUUUAUAAUUGUUUUGUAUUUGAAUGACAGCACCUUAUAGAGAAACACAGUAAGAAGCAGGACGUUGAAGCAGAGUUGACAGGGUGGUUGGCUGACCUGGAUCAAAUAGUACAUGCCGAAACUUAAAGAGAAAGUUUGACUCUUGGGAAAUGUGCCUAUUUCUUUUCUUGCCCAGAGUCAGAUGAGAAGAUUGCCACCACUCUCAGGCUUGUGCGUUAAAUAUGGAGAUACCACAAGCAUGCCGAUUAGCUUAGCUUAGCAUAAAGGCCAGAAACAGCUAGCCUGGGCUGUCCAAAGGUAACGCAGCUUGUAGACCAGCACCUCUAAAGCUCGUGUUAAUCCUGAUCUGAUCUGUAUACAAAAGGAAACGUAAAAAUGACCAGUGGCUGUUUUUACGGGGCGUUGAGACCUGCCAGCUGAUCUCAGCCGAGAAAUAUUCCAGCACAUGAACCCCGUUUUGUACAGAAUGAAUAAAGUGUUAGCCGGUGCUCAGACCCAAAUCAACCCUACAUCAUUGGGCUGCGUCGGAAUGGGGAUUUUGUUCCCUUUGGAGAGAGCCGGGCUAGCUGUCUCCCCUCGUUUUCUGUCUUUGUGCUAAGCUAAGCUAACCAGCUGCUUGCCUUAGCUCCGCAUUUACCGAAAAGACACGAGAGAGUCUUUUUGUUUAACUCUCAGCUACAAAGCGAAAUAGGGCACUCCCCCACAUGGCUUGCUCGCCACGUGCUGUACUUUAAGACCACGCGGUGCAGACUUUUUGACAAUCACGGGACGCUCGCCUGCUGAACCGCACAGGUCAGCAGAAAGCUAAAAAGAAAACUACCGUUUGACCCGGGUACAGCUGGCGACUGGCGGCGACAUAAGAGUGAUAGGAAAACAAACCCAAGGAGGGAAGGUUGCUGAAGAUGGGACCCAGAGUAAAAGAGAGAGUAGCUCUUCUUUCUGUCCCUAAAGUUUACCCUGUUGUUUACACUCCCAGACGGGCCGCUGCUCCAAGAGCAGCGCGAGCCACACUGUGGAGCAAAAUGAAUAUGUGACAUAUCGGGCCGCUUCCAGUGAGGGAACGAGGGCCUCUAAGGCUGGCAGUAGGAGGAUCGCCCGUCACCCGGUUGCUAUGGUAAUCCCCCCCAACAAACACACACACACACCAGCACUCCCUUCUAGCUAUUGUGAAUGGAUGAGCCCUUGAUGAUCAAAACUGCACUAAAACAAUCAUGCCAGCCAACCUUGAGAGUUUCUUUUUGGGUAAGAAUCACAGUUGAUCGACCGCCACUCGACGUUUCAAAUCAGUGGAUGUAUCACUGGGAUGGAAACACACUUGUAGAGCACAGAUGGCCACUUCUUAAACACACAGACUUCUGAAGACCACUCACCAUUAAACAGAACCCGCCCCCCAUGCCCGACUGAAUUCAAAGGGAAGUCUUAAAAAUAGACAAUCUGAGGAGGCCUUUUAUGCUUUUAAUCGUUUUCUACCGUUAGCCCGUACACAUUCUGACCGAUUCAGUUAUUUCCUGUUCAAAUUCAGUCCACCCAUCCAAACCUCACAAAAUAACUGGACUGCCUGGCCACGUUCUUCACUGCAGGGAAACGCAACAUAGUUGGCCAACCGACUGGCGACCAUCUCAUCAGCUUCGUAGAGAGAAACUAGCUCUGCUGAGCGCGACGUUAACGAUGGCUAAGGUGAUUUCUUUUCUAAUCUAUGGAAGUGCCUCUGUAUUCCCAUUAUGCAAUUUGUCAAACAUGAAUUCAGGUUCUUUUUCUCACAUAUAAGCUAUAGUGAAUGGUGAAAAAUUUAUGUCAGGAGAGGAAAAAAAAAACAGCGACAGCUCACUAGAUAAUCGCAAGCAUCUUUAUAUAUAAUACACAUAUAUAUUUAUAGAUAUAUACAUUUUUUUAUUUGCAAGAUAAGCUCUGUGGCAGUCUAGUUAUUUUUUGAAGCAUGGCGUACAUCGCACAGUCAUAGGAUGCAUCUCAAAAACCGCUGAUUAGAGCUCAAGUACCAGUCUCUAAACCCACUCUCGCGUUAAAUGACACACAAGACAAAUCCAUGGCAAACAACAAUAGAUACACAGACAGUGAUGAUAAUGUAGUCGAGGGUAAAAAAAAAUUAAAAAGAACAGAUUAGGUUUCGUUGUUUUCUUUCUUGUUUUGAUGGGAAGUAUUGUUCUUGAAACUAAAUGAUGUAUGUUGAUUGAGCCAUGUGCAAUGCCUUGGUAGAGGAAUUGUUUGUUUGUUAGCGAUUGUUUGAGGGUGUCACGAGAAAAGAGGGAAGACCCUCUCAGUUUUUUUUUUUUUUUUGGUUUGUUUUUGAAGUCCACGUGCUCUGGGACUCUAAAUACGAGGGCGGCGAUAAAAAAAAUCCCAGUCUUUGUAAGUAAGUUUGGGGAAAUUGUUUUUAAGUUCCUUUUGUGUUUUUUUUUUUCCUUUUAUCACUUUUUUAAGAAAAAAAAACUUCAUUUCUAACCAUUUGUUUUCAGAAUGUGGGAGGGCUGAAGGAACAAUUUUUCAACUCAUAAGAUAUAUAUCACUAUGAAAACUGGUGCUUUCGUAAAGAAUAAAGUACAUUCAAUCUCUAUUAUACAUAAAUAAUAAUAAACGAAAUUAAGUGUUAUCAUAAAAGCAAAUUUUAGGAAAACAUGCAUUAUUCUAUUUCUCUUUUUUGUAUUUACCGAGGGGGGAGGGGUUCAUUCUAUGAAAAGGUUGUCGUGACAAAAGGCAUUUUUCCCCCCCAACCUUUACACCAUAGCAGAGGAGCAGUCGUAGGGAAAAAAAACAAAAAAACAAACCCUGUAAAAAGCUUUUUCCAGACUGUAUCAUCUUGGAUCCUAAUGUGGGACAAAGACAAGAUCUUCCCCGAUUCGGGAGAUGCACAAGUAUGGAUUCCCCUUUCAGAGAAAGAAAGAAAAAAAAAAAAAAAGACCACAAGUGAUGAUUUGGGUUUGGUGUAAAUGUCGCGUUGGUUCAGCGAGAGGGAAUUAGCAGCCUCUGUCUGCUCAGCUGGUCUGCUGUCAUCAAUUCAAGUGAACCCCCCCUCCCCUCCCCUCCCCUCCCCCCCUGCCCUCAAUCCCCAUCUCCCACUGUAAAUGAUUAUAAAUAUUUGUUUGGUGAUGUAGUGUUAUAGACUCAGAGCAUCUUAAAGGUUGUCCCUAAAAAGUGCCUUUUGUUCACAGAUUCCAUCUUGUAAUCCUGAGUGCCCAUCUCAAAAGAAAAAAAAAGUCCCCUCCUUCAUACUUCUAUAUCUUUCUCUUCCUCUUCUUCGAGCUUUUUAAAGCAGUAUACAUAGUACUAAAGGAAAUUGGUGUGAUUUAGUUCCUCUUUUUAUUGUUGAAUAAUUAAGAAAAGCAUAAAAAAGCCCAAAAAAAAAAAGAUAUUUUCUGUCUUGCUUCUCUUCCUCUGUAUCUUGUCUUCUGUCUAUCUUGGACACUGGAGUAGUCUGUAGCCGCGUAACCCUCCCCCCCACCCCACCCCCACCCACCCUCCUAUUCUCCUUUCUCCCCUUUCUCUGAACGGCGGGGUUUCAAAAAAAAAAAGAAAAAAAAAGAAUACGCAAAGAUUUUUUUGUCUGAGCAGAAUGCAGUUAGCUCACAUGUUAUUCUUGUCUGUACGCUUCACAUUGUAUUACCAUACCCAUCUUCUUCAGCUUCUCCAUUCAACAGCUAAUGUAAGUGAACAAGUUACACCACGGGGCUCUGGGCUGUGCUGAGGACAGGGGCCGGGUCGGGGCGCAGGCAUUUGCCUUCCCCCCCUGGGAGAAGUCAAUGACAAAUCAACCACCCGGCGGAGGGAGAGGAGCACUCGUGGGAUGUUUUGGUAUUGGGCUCAGGGGAGGGGGAUGACCAGUAGGACUGCUAGUGUAGGCAGGUUUGUUUGUAAUCCUUGUUUCUAUCUAUUUAUUUUUUUUAUAAUUGAAUUUGGAUUUGCUUUCUGGUUCUUUUUUUUUUGUCAUUGUUACUGCGUAUCUUAGGCGGCAGGAUGACGCUGCGUCGAGACCUUCAAUUAUGCACCUUUCUAGUGGUUGUAUGAGACCAGCUAUUUAAAGAAAAAGAGAAAAAAAUGAAACUGAAAACGACUCGAAGCACCUUAUAAGCGGACUGGUUCCACGGCACGGUGACCGAAAGGCUCAGAUUUAGCACAAUCAUGAAGAGAAGUUACACAUCGCCUCGCAAUAUUGUACUGAUUCACCACCUUUCUGAAUCACAGUGUUGAUAGACACAUUGACCAAAGUUAAAUGCUUCCAAAAGCUGUACAAAACUCCAAGACUUUGGUGACUAAUUGAGAAAGCACCUUGAAAUUCCACCAGCAAAAUUAAGUGAUUACAGAUUUUUGUCCUGCGAAACAAAUUCCAAAAUUUUACAUAUAUUUAUAUAUAUAUCCAUGUAUAUACAUAUAUGUAUAUAUAUAUACAUGCAACUUUUUAUUUUUCUCCAUCAAGCAAAUGAAGCCAGCAACAGUAUUAGCAAUCAAGCCUUGACAAGUGAAAGCGCCACAGUUGAGAAGCCAUAUCAGAGACGGAACAGGUAGCAGGGAGCAGAGUGUGUGUGUGUGUGUGUGUGUGUGUGUGUGUGUGUGUGUGUGUGUGUGUGUGUGUGUGUGCUUUGUUGAGGGAGGGUGUCUUCAGUAUCUGCCCCUGCACCAUUCAAAGAGCCCCAGUCGGACCCUGUGGCCCAACCGUCCGCAGAUUCUUCUUUUUUUUUUAUUACUUUACUCUGUUUUUAACACGUUUUGUAGGAUGCUGGGCCAUGUUUAGUGACGUGUAAACUGAGCCCCCCUGGCCGGCCUAACCUCUCGCCUCUGGCCUGCAACACGCCUCCCGCUGUGAGUGCUCCUCCUCCUCCUCCUCCUCCUCCUCCUCCUCCCUCAGAACAGCGUUCCAUCCUCAGACACACCCCCCAGAGCCCAUGGUGAAAUGCAUGUGUUAAUUACAGUUUCUUUUCCAUAAUAAUAAUAAAACACAGUUUGAAAAGAGCAACCCCUUUACUUGAUUGAAUAAAAGGAUGUUCUUGACUGUA